AAAGACCAGCAACAACAUGCUUAACAAAGUCCAACCUCAGCCAGGAACGCGGGCACCACGACAUCAACCAUGAUCGCCUUCAACACCAUCGUCGCAUUCCUCCUCUCUGUCUCAUCUCUCACUACUGCCAGUCCAACAGAGCGCCAGCAACCCAACUACCUCAACUGGACGACCUUCAAAGCCAACGGCAUCAACCUUGGUGGAUGGCUUGCCCAAGAAGCCGUUAUUGACCCAGCCUGGUGGUCUCAGAAUUGCGGUAACACGACGGACGAGUGGACCUGCUGUGCGAAACUGGGAUCGCAAUGCGGCCCUGUUCUAGAACGCCGCUACGCUACCUUCAUCACACCCGCCGAUAUCGAUAAGCUAGCCACUGCUGGUGUGAACGUCUUGAGGAUCCCCACGACGUAUGCUGCAUGGGUCAAGGUUCCUGGCAGUAACUUCUACAGCGGCGGCCAAGCGCGGUUCUUCAAGAGCAUCGCAUCAUACGCAAUCGCAAAACACGGCAUGCACAUCAUCCUCGAUAUUCACUCCCUCCCAGGUGGAGUGAAUGGCAUGGGCUUUGGUGAAGGCGAGGGCCGCUUCGGUUGGUUCGAUAAUGCCACGAAUCUGGAUUACUCCCUACGCGCUGUCGACGCUGCGCUGGCCUUCAUUCAAUCCUCUGGUAGUCCGCAAUCAUACACGCUCGCGCCGAUCAACGAACCGGUGGACAAUCGCGACAUCACAACCUUCGGUACACCAGCCGCGUUGACGGACAAUGGUGUCGCAUGGGUACAGAGGUAUAUUGACGCGGUUAUUGCGAAAACAGUAGCCGUGAACAAGAACAUACCCGUAAUGUUCCAAGGCAGCUUCAAAGGUGAAGCGUUCUGGUCCCCCAAGUUCCCAGCGUCGACCAACCUUGUUUUCGACGUACACAACUACUAUUUCGCUGGCCGCCCAACAGAUUCCGACACUGUGAGCGCAGACAUCUGUUCAGAUGCCAAGGCAUCGGCAGGAGAUGGCAAGUUUCCUGUGUUUAUCGGUGAAUGGUCAAUUGAGACGGUGGCGGACAACAAAUUCGCAAAUCGAAGGAAGAACCUGAACACCGGGCUGUACGCCUUUGCAAAGUAUACAAGAGGGAGCGCUUAUUGGACGGCGAAGUUUACCGGGAAUGUGCCCGUUGCUGGAGAGGGAGUCCAAGGAGACUACUGGAAUUACUCGGCUUUCAUCGAUAUGGGUAUCAUUAAGCCCGGAGAAGGCGCAACGUACUGUUCCUGAAGAGUUAAGUAGAUGCAUCCGCAUUGAGAUGACCCCAUACAGGAAGGAAACGGCACUAGGGGUGACUACAAUUUGGGUCGCAUUUCUAUCUUGCUGCAUUCAUAUUAUCAUACCUUAACAAUUAGGUAGUAUGCUAGGUAAUGUAUACUUCUACUUACACUUUCUUUAGGCAAAAUGCGACCCAAAUUGUAGCCACCUCUAGUAGCGGGGCAUCAAGUGUUACGGGAGAUAUCAAUGUCUAAUAGCCGGCUAUGUCAAUAGAUCUGUCCAUCUCUUGUUCUUAUCUUCAAUCUUUUCCAUGUCUUUGAGAAUCCAAAGUUCGUCACUACCACCG